AUGCUUCUUGCGGAGCUUUUUCGUCUCCUCAAGUCGCUUUUACCAGUAAUUCCAUUAUUUUCAUGUUUGUAUCUAUUGAUCAUAUAUGGAAACUCUUUUUGGAACGUUAUAGCUGGUUAUUGCCAUUUAAUUCUUUCGAUUUUAUGGGGAUUAUCUUCUCUAUUUUGUCUUUGGACAUCAAUCAAAUUAUAUAAGAAGAGAAACUCAAGAACAAAAGGAAAUUUCGUUUUUGCCGUCUUAAUUACAAUUUCAUUCGGAUUAAUGCUUAUAUACCAGACAACUUCUCAAAAAAGACAAGAAUAUAUCUCCAAAAUGCAAGUAUUUUUAUCAUUAGACUCAUCUUCAUCACUAAAUACUAUAUUUACAACUGUUUAUCCAGCAACACACAUUCAAGAGUUCUUUAUUUAUAGAAGAACCCUUGAAGCACACGACGCUUUACUAGCAAUCCUCAUGAUUUGGAUAGUUCUUACAAUAAUUCUCGAAAAAUACUCUGAUUCCAUUAUAAUUUUCUUAGGAGAGGAUAUUCUUCCAAAUUCGAUUAUUUCAUCUCAUGAUGAUGAAGAUGAGAAGCCUGUCGAAAAGUCAGAAACAGAAAAUCAUACAGAAAAUCUUCCACCACAAAAUAAUACACCAAAACCAGCUGUAAAACCAGAAACUAAACCGGAAGAAAAGCCACAAAACAAAGAGGUAGAACAACAACCGCAAAAUGAGGAAGAAGAAGAAGAGCACGUUGAAGAACAAAAACAUGAAGAAGAGGAAGAAAAAGUACAGAAACCUCCGAAGAUUAUUACUAAAACAAUUUCAGAUUCUGAUGAUGAUAAAAUCAUUAACCAAUGGGCAGGAAAUUCACCAACAGAGUCCAAAUCUCCAACGCGUGGAAGGAGAGGAGGAAGUAAGACACCAACACCAGUCAAUCCACAGUCACCAGCUUUCUCAAAGGAAGAAAAACAGAGUCCUCAGCCAAGGAAGAAACGCGCUACACCUAAAAAUGCUGAUGAUAGCAUUGUUUUUGCAACAGACACAGAUGAUGAUACAUCAGAAAAAAUCGAGUUCGCAACUUCUGAUAGUAAACAGAGCAGCGAUCAUAUAAGCUUUGCAACGGAAUCAGAAGAUCAACCAACAAAACUCAAGAGCGAUAAAAUAGAUUUUGCUUCAGAGAGUGAUCAUAAGAAAGAUAGCGAUGAAUUAAUAUUUGCAUCUGAGUCAGAUAAUAAACCAAAGCCUAAGCCAAAGCCAAAACCUUCUCCAAAGCCAUCUCCAAAGAGACCUCCUCCAAAGCCUGCAAAGUUUGAUGAUGACGAUUCAUUUGCAGCCCUUCUUGAUGAAGUAGAAGAUAAACCACCUAAGAAACAACCGCCAAAACGUUCACCUCCGAAACCAAGUAAUCAGCAGAUGAGGCAACUAGAUUUUGAAUCUGAUGAUGACUUAUUGGCAGGUAUAUCAUUUGAUUAA